CUACUUGGGGUCAGUAUACUACUGGGGGUCAGUUCACUUCUGAGGGUCAGUACACAGAUAUGGCAAAGAGGAAGGCCGCUGCAAUAGACAAAGACGAUGUACCGGUUGGAACAAAGAAGAUGAGAGCACAGAGACCGGAUUACAUACAGUAUAAGUGUAAUCUGCAUGCAUUCUGGGCUACCAUCGACACCCACCGAACAUCGAUUGGAAAAUAGGCUUGGGGGAAGCUAAAGAAGACGCCGUUCUGGGGGUUCAUUAAGCCAUUUUAUGAAGAGGAGAUCAAGAAGGAUCAGAUCUGCAAAUCAGAUGACCUUACAAAACGUUUGCUGCAGUUUUUUGAUUCGGAAAAUAUGGUUUUCCGGUUUGGAGAUAGUGAGUUCAAAAUCACAGCUGCUGAUGUAGAGGUUAUAUUUGGGAUUCCAAACAAAGGAGAAGAGAUAGAUAUGGCAGCGAGACAGUCAAAGGGUGACACAGAAAUGAUCAAAAAGCACUUCAACAAAUGCGAUCGUUGUGUAAGAAAAAGCGACAUAGAUGUUGCAUUAGAAAAAGAUCUUCCUAAACGAUCCAAACAUAAUGCAGAUGAUGUGGCAAGGUUGCUGAUCUUGAGCCUUUUGGCCUCGUUCUUAGUAUGCGCAUCAGGACACACACUUGCAUGGAACCUUGGGAAUGUUGUUUGUUCAGAUUUGAAAAGAGUUGAAGAAGUACAAUUGGGUAAAAGCAGUUGCCGAUGCACUGAAAAGAGGGCUAGCAAAGGUGGAGAAAGACAAAACAUGUGCAUUGUCGGGAUGCCUACUAUUGAUAAUGUAUUGGGUGUGCGACAAGACUGAAAUAAUGCCACCAAUCCCCAACAGAGAAGAGUACAAGCCAACAUUUGCAAAGUGGGGGCUUCCGAAGCUACAUGCUUCAAUGUUGGAAAUCACUGACGAGUAUUUUGAGAGCUUGUUUGACAAGAGCAAAAACAGUGAAGAAGAGAAUGAAAUGGAAGUGGGCGAUGAAGAAGUGAGGGAGGAGACGGAUGAAGAAGAGGAUGACAUAGUAAGGGAGGAGAUAGCUGAAGAAGAAGAGGAUGAAAUAGCAAGCAUACCAACAUUUGGUGAAUGGAUGCCUCCUAGCAGCCAGGAGAUGAAAGAUAAACUGGAGAAAAGCAAUGAAAACAUGAAGGAAGUGUUGGACAGCCUUGACAAAGCUUUAAAAUAAAAAAUGAAUGAGGAGAAUUGGGAAGGAGCUCAAAAAAUGGUAAAAGGCUGAGGAGGAUUCAAAAGAGAUUGAAUAAGAGGAUCAGCACACUUCGACAAAAGAUAAAGGCAUUGGAGGAUGAGAAAUUUGAACAAUAUGAGGAUGAAAGUGAUAAUCAUACUGAGGUGCAGCAGCAUGCAAAAGAAUCAGAUGACCAAGAGCAACUACAGGCUGGAGCAGGUGGAAAACAGAAGGAUGAUAAUCCUACUGAGGGGCAGCAGCUACAAAUGGUAAUUUACCAAGAGCAAGACCAAGGAAAUUUGAACACUGAUGCACAGACCGGUAAGUCCGAAAUGGAUGAGGCAACUUCAGUGAUUAUUGAAUGCCUUGAAGACUUGAAGAAAGGGGAAGAGAAAGGAAAGAAAGCAGAAAAUCCAGUGAUAAUGAAACUGAGAGGGGAGAAUAGAAAGGACACAAAGGACUCCAGCAAAUACAUGUACGAUACUCCUCCAGAAAUAAAAGGGAAAAAUGCUCUUAAGCGAUCUCCAUCAAAAGCUGCAUAUAGGCUGCAUGGAGUCAAGUGCACUAGGAUACAUUGGAAAACUUAUCUCCCAAAGAGCAAGAAAUGAUACAAAAGUUCUGGGAAGAAGCUGAAGAAGAUGAACAAUUUUGGGAUGGAGGACAGUUUGGGAGUGUCUCAAAGCCUGAUGUGAAAGCUCUGCUUGAAGGAUCGUCAAUAAAUUCCAAUGUGGUCAAUGCUUACAUAGACAUAAUCAAAGGCGAUUUAGAGAAAUCGGGCAUUAGAAACCAAGGAAUCAUGACGACAUAUGUGUUGGAUUCAGUGAGAGAUACAUCACCAAGAUUGAAGUAUAAUAAUGUCUUUGAACCCAUGAUGACUCUCUUAGGACACUGCGACAACAUAUUCAUCCCAUUGAUCACAACUGAAGACUACCACUCCACAAUGCUUAGGUUGAACAAGAAGGCAAAAGAAUGGAUUCAUUACAAUCCAAUGCGCAAAAGAACAAAUCCUGAAAAAGGCAAAGGCUACGAGAAUGCCAAAGAAGUGGUAAGUUUGAUGGGUUAUUUGAUAUUUGUUAUGUGUAUUGACCCUCAGUAGCUUGAUGGGUUGUUUGAGAUUUGUUCACUCCUAUGGGUUAAUUGCACUUUUAUAUACAG